AUGGAGGACGAGAAGCACCCUGACGUGACGCCAGCUAACGCCACUGGCGAUAGCGACGACUCCUCUCUGCAGGAUGGCAUCAAAGCCAUCGAGGCCAUUUCCCAGGCCUGGACCAGGACUGCACUAGUCGUCGCAUAUUUCAGUAUUCUCCUCAUGGCCUUUGUCACGUCGUUGGAGGGCCAGGUCAUCAACUCGCUCCUCGUUUUUGUCACCAGUUCCUUUCAAAACCACUCCAUGGUCUCGACCAUUAAUGUCGUCCAGGGUGUUAUUAAUGCUGUUGUGAAGCCUCCGAUGGCCAAGAUUGCAGACGUCUUCGGCCGCACCGAGGCCUUCUGCGUCAGCAUCGCCCUCUACACGCUUGGCUACAUCGUCAUGGCGAGCUCACAGGGCGUGUCUAACUACGCCGCUGCCCAGAUCUUCUACUCCGCAGGCUCUACUGGUCUUAUGAUUCUCCAGCAGGUCUUCAUUGCUGAUACUACCGACUUGUCUUGGCGUGCCCUGAUGUCCACUCUGCCCGAUCUUCCGUUCCUCGUUACCACUUGGAUCGGCUCCAUUAUUGGUGGUGGUAUUAUGAAGAGCUCUGGCAGCUGGCGAUGGGCAUAUGGCAUGUGGGCCAUCAUCCUGCCCGUGGCUUUCUUGCCCCUUCUCUUUUCGCUCGUUAUGAACACCCGUCGGGCGAAGCAGCUGGGUAUUGCGCCAGAGCGGAAGACCCUCCAGGGAUCAGUCCCCCAGAUUCUUGUCAACUUGUGGCGCGAUCUCGAUAUGGGUGGAAUCAUCCUCCUCUCUGCAUCCUUUGCCCUGAUUCUCAUUCCAUGCACAAUUGCGGCAACGCUGCCUGGUGGCUGGCAAAAUCGCGAGGUCAUUGCCAUGAUCACUAUCGGUGCCAUUUUGCUCGUCAUCUACCCUUGCUGGGAGAUGAGCACACGCUUUGGAAAGAAAUACGGCGUCAAGGGAACCUUGGCCAAGGUCCUCGAGUACACCGCGCCAUACCCUCUGACCCCUCUGCACCUGCUCAAAUCCAGGACCUUCGCCGCCGGCUGCAUUCUCAUCACUUUUUACUUCAUCGCCUUCUACCUCUCCGUUUUCCCCUACUUCUACUCCUACCUGAUGGUCGUCAGGAACCUCGAUAUGCAGUCCGCCACCUACAUCACUCAGAUCUUCAGUUUCUCAUCCACAGUCUCAUCCAUCAUCAUUUCCAUCAUCAUUAAGCUGACCAAACGAUACAAAUGGUUCGUCGUCAUUGGUGCAAGUCUCUACACGCUCGGUUUGGGUCUGAUGAUGAAGUACCGUACCGAAACUUCCUCCCUCUCCGCCAUCAUCGGCUGCCAGGUCCUCAUCGGCUUCGGCGGCGGCAUGCUCAACGUGCCCACCCAGCUCGGUGUUCAGGCCAGUGCCGGCCACCAGAACGUCGCCGCUGCCACCGCCAUGUUCCUCACUGUUAUCAGCAUCGGAUCCGCCAUCGGCUCGGCCAUUAGUGGUGCCGUCUGGGGCAAGGGCAUUCCUGCGAAGCUCACCGAGUAUCUUCCCGAGGCGUCCAAGGUGAACGCUACCGCCAUUUAUGGCGACAUCACCGUGGCCUUGUCGUAUGAGGUUGGUACGCCCGAGCGGAUUGCCAUCUCACGCAGCUACCAAGAGACCAUGACCACGCUCCUCACCAUUGCUGUUUGCAUGUGCGCUCCCAUCCUCCUCUGCAGCAUCUUUAUGACGGACUACAAGCUUGACGAGAUGGAGCAGGGUGUGAAGGGUCUUGUCAUUGGCGGCGAGAUUGGCGAGGAUGGAAAGAAAAAGGACGUCAAGAAGGGGAACCCGUAUAAUCCAGUCUCCUGGUUCAAGCGAAGCUAG